UUCUUACAAGAUUUGCCAUCACUGAAAUGGUGGAUAAGUCCUCCCUCAUUAAUGCUUUCCUUUCCUUGCAACUGAAUCGUUCCCAUUUCUCGCUUUGCUGGGUCAAAUUAGCCCGCCGCAUAACUCUCUAAGGAGACAGAAGGACCUAUUGCCGGGGGCGGAUGUGUUGAGGUUGUCGUUGCCCAAUAGUGCGAGCGAUGGCCGGGAUAGAUGACAGUGUCUCCAUUUUCGCAGAUUGGGCAGCUUCCAAUCCCAGUCCGAGAACAUUUAUAUCAAAAUUUUUCAAUGAAGAUACUUGCUCAAGACCAUUUCCUGACCUAGGAGAUAAUACACAUUUUGGCUUUGCGGAGCCUGAGAAUCACAAAUCAGCAAUGGUUAACAAUGAAGAAGUGGAAAAACCUGCUUUGGUUCACUCCAGUGACAUCUUCUUGGAACCAGUUCAGUUUAAUGUUUCCAAAUCAAGCUCAAAAGGGGCUUUAAGUGAGAGGAUGGCAGCUAGGGCUGGUUUUAGUACAUUAACGGUCAAUACUAGCAGAAAUGGAACAGAGAGUGUGAUUUAUUCACCUUCAAAUAAGCGUUGUUCGUAUGUGUUGCUUUCACCAGGUGUCAGUCCGACGACAUUGUUGGAAUCUCCAGUUUUCCUUUCAAAUGCCAUGGCGCAACCAUCGCCGACCACAGGGAAAUUUCCAUUUGCACGUGCCGAGGACAGUAACAUGUUUUCAACCUUAAUCUCAGAAGAAACUGACAAAACUAAUGUUCAACUGAUUGAAGAUGUUCAUGCUGAUGCAUUUACCUUCCCUCGCCUGGGUUCAAGUUUUCCUUUUUUAUCGCCUUCGGAAAACAAAUUUGCUUUAUCCAUUGAAGAAGAGCGGACCUUAGUAAACAUGGGCUCUUCUCUUCAACCAGAUCUGAAGCAACCAGUUGGCUUCACAGAGGCAUCUGAAGCAAAAGAGAUUGCUGAAGAUGUGAAAGCUGAUUCCUUCCUGGCUAAUGAAAGUUCUCCUCCUGAUGACAAUCAGAAUGUAGAAACAGAUCCAAAAGGUGGAGAGUUCUCAUCCAUGGCUUCCAGUGCUGCAGAGGAAGAUGGAUAUAACUGGAGGAAGUAUGGGCAGAAGCAUGUUAAGGGUAGCGAGUUCCCUCGUAGCUAUUAUAAGUGCACUUUCGUAAAUUGUCCUGUAAAGAAGAAGGUCGAAAGAUCUCUCGAGGGGCAUGUCACUGAAAUAGUUUACAGGGGUGCUCACAAUCACCCCAAGCCUCCUUCUAACCGCAGGUCAUCAACAUCAUCUUCUCAAUCAUUCAGUGAUACACAAAUGGACAAUUCAGAUUAUCAUGUCAUUAAUGCAAAUUUUGAUGGAAAGCCCACAUUGGUAAACGCACAAAAUGGAAAUGGAGGAUCAGAAUGGAGGGGGGAUGGCAUAGAAGCAGUCUCUUCAACUUCUAUUGCUGAAUUUGCGACUUCUAAUUCCAUGCAGACAAUAAGCGGCUCUCGAUAUGAUGGUUCGGAGGCCUUAAACUUGCCAUCAGCAAUGUCUAAUGAUGAAGAGGAGGAUGAUGGAGCAACUCAUGGCAGUUUCUCAAUGGGGUGUGAUGCUGAAGGGGAGGAAAUGGAUUCAAAAAGAAGGAAACUGGAUUUGUGUACUAUUGACAUGAGCGCUGCUUCAAGAGCCAUGCGAGAACCUCGUGUUGUGGUUCAGACGACUAGCGAGGUUGAUAUCCUCGAUGAUGGCUAUCGAUGGCGCAAAUAUGGGCAAAAGGUUGUCAAAGGAAAUCCAAAUCCAAGGAGCUAUUACAAGUGCACGAACCCGGGAUGCACGGUCCGGAAGCAUGUAGAGAGAGCAUCACAUGAUCUAAAAUCUGUUAUCACAACAUACGAAGGGAAGCACAAUCAUGAUGUUCCCACUGCAAAAACCAGCAACCAUCAAAGCACGGGUUUGUCGAAUUCUACCGCAACUGGGAUACAUCCGACCCAUAGCCUGCACCGCAAGGCUGAACCAAUUCAAGAAAUCCUGAUGAGGUUUGAAAACCAUGCUCCAGUUGAUCCCUUUGCAUUGCCUAGUAGAGAUCCACAAUUUGGUACAGCAGCAGGAUUUGCUUUUGGUUUUGGUCACCAGGGUUUGACCAGCCUAGGGAUUGGAAGUUUGGGUCCAAUGGGGCCAUUGAGGAUGCCAGCUUUUGCUCCAGUUCAGUCCUAUUUGGAACAUCAGAGGAAGGUUGAUGAUGGAGGGUUUAUCAUACCAAAAGGGGAGCCAAAAGAAGAACCAAUAUUGGAGUCUGAUCUGCCAUCAAUUGCCAAUGCUCCUAAAGGAUAUUAUCAGUUUGCAAACAGAUUAUCUCUUGGACCUUACCUAUGAAUCAGAUAGAGAAUGCUAGUUCUUUCUGUUGCAAUGUAUACAUCAAGUUAUUUCUGAUAAAUUUAGCAUAACAUUUUUAUAUAGGUAGAAAGAAGUUUGUGUUAGGAAAAGGAAUUAUCUUGUUUGGUGAAUGGAAGAACUUACCAAAUGAAAUUAUACUAAUGACAAAUGUUGUGCAUUUCAUCAAAAACAAGUGUUGGAGGAAGAAAGUUUUAGCUGGUUAGCAGUUU